UUUCCAGUCCCGGGCAGGCAAAAAAAGCAGUCACGAUCAAUCCUUGAAGAUGACUAUGAAUUAAAAAUUGAUCACACAGUUAUGGAAGAAGAACAUCAUUGUAAACUGUACAACUGGCUUGUUCAAAGUGAUUCUCUCAACAAAUGUCAGAAUCAGAUUGAGGCGAGUAGAGUUUUGCAACGAAUUGAAAUCUUUGUGGACACUUUGGCAAUCCUUGAGUUUGAUGGUUAUCUGGGAAAUUGUCUUGUUGGAAAUUAUUUGCUAUUUUGCAAGCUGAAUCAAGAGGUGCUUUUUGAGGUGUUCAAAGAAACAAUAGAAUCUGUCAACCAACUCUGGUGUAUUAUCAGACCCACUUCAGCCUUGAGGAUUGAAAAUCCUGAGCUUUUAAGCUCAGUUGACUCAACAGCUAUGGUAAACUAUUGGGGACGUGUGAUAGCCGCCAGGGAUCCAGUACCUUACACACAGUCAACACAGUACCGCUGCUCCGCAGAGUUCUGCAACGGUGCUCACGACUCCUCUCAUAUCAGGGUUUACACACUGAACUCUAGAGAGUGUGAUGUGAUCAACUCUAAUCUGCGCUGCACUGAGUGCAGUGGGCCUCUCCACGAGGAUGUGGCAAACAGAACUAUUGGCAGGCGCAUGUCCAUCUCCCUCCAGCUCUUACGUGUGGAAGGAGAUGAGGCAAGGCAUUAUGUUGACUGUACUAUAGAUGUUCUUGUUCGUGACGAGCUUUUAACUCAAGUUACUCUGGGAAGCACAGUUUCAAUAGUUGGGUUGCAGUACACUAAACUCAAACCCGGAACUAAACGCUACGUCUUAGAGGCGGUAAAUGUGGAACAGAUCACCUCCCCAGUUCCUCGCUCCAUACCUCGCUCUAUAAAGGAUAUCUACUCAGUGAGGGAGAGGUCGCCAUGGCAACUACUUUCUCUACUUGCUUUCUGUGUUACACCCCAGUCUCUCCCUCAGGGUGCUUACCAUACUGUCAAACAGCUGCUGCUGCUGAGUCUGAUAAGGACGGGUCCUAUAAGGGACCCCACCUCCCCUCUCUAUCUGCCCACUGCUCACCCCGACCAUCACCCCUCUCUCAACCUGCUCCUCCAGUCCCCUCACACUCUACACUCCUCUCGUCUCCUAGCUCUCAUGGCUCUGUUAACUGAUGUGCAGGCCUUUAAAAGUAUGAACACUCUGGGUGGAGUGAGAGAUGGGAACACACUUCACGCGGGGCUAUUAACCACCUCAUCUGGUGGUGUAGCAGUGGUUAGUGAUGUGGAUCUAAUGAAGAAGGAAGAUGUGCUCUUAUUAACAUCUACUCUUCAAAACAGAGCUGUCAUUAUCGGCAAGAAGAAAACUGAAAUAUUCCCCCUGGAAUGUGCUAUUUGGGGUUAUCAGUCUAACACAACAAAGUCAUCUACUUCUGCCUGGGACAUUGUAUAUAAGGUUACAAAGGAAUGCGACGAGACUGCAAGUAUUGAGAAUGUUCUAGAAGGAAGUACUGAAAGUUUACUACCUGAGGUAGAUGUUAAGGCUUACUUAGCACUCGCCUCUACCAUCUGUGUGCAGUAUGAUAAGAGUUGCACGAGGCUGAUAGCAGGAUACUGCCAGGCCUCUAAGUCAGUUAGAUACGGUAGUGACUGUGAACAACCACAGCAUGCCUCCUAUACACUUCACCUGUUGGCGGGAAACCACUCCAGGAUCAACUUUAGGGAUAUUGUACUGGAUGUUGAUGCAGUGGCCGCUAUAAAACUGUACGAAGAGAGCUUAUUGUCGUCUCAACAUUACUCCUCUGUACACAUAACGACCUCCACUCACAUAAAUCCAGGCGACGAAGAUGAGUAUUUAGGUGACAAUGUAGACGGAGCAAUGGAACAGUUUUACUCCAAAUUAGUUCAGUUCUGUUCGACUCAUAUUGCUGGAUUCUCUCCUCAUAACGAAGAUUGAAAUAUUAUGUUACUUAUGCAUUAUGUUACAAGAAUUUUCUGUUAUAUAAAAGUUGUCUCAAUUCAUAUACUUACUUACUUUCAUUAUAGAAUUAAAAUUGUAAUUAUAUGAGUUUAAAUUCUGAAAUUUCGGUUUUAACAUUUUUGUGUAUAAUUCUAUUAUUUAUCACACAACGGUUCAGAUAUUAUGACUAUGGUUAACAAUUUUUGUUGAAAAUUAUGUGAAUUUUGUAAUUUUGUAACAGCAUGUUUCAUUGUUUGCGUAUUCUCUAAUACCUUAGU